UUUGAUUCGAUUAAAGGAAUGGCCGAAAAAAUAGACAGAAAAGUCUAUAACCUUCGCGCUCUCGACCAUAUAUCUUGACGUGAAGUGGGGUUUAAAAUGAGAGAGUUACGAACAUCAUCGUCAUAGAACGAGAGAGAGAACGCGACAUCGACGACCUGGUGCUGAUUCAGAUUUCUCACAAUGGUCAGAAAGAAGAAAUACGCAGCCGAGAUCAGCGCCUUCAAUAUUGAGGCGUUGCAGUCUAUCGAGACGAAGCAAAUUCAGCGAUUCAAUAAAGGAGUUUGGGAAAGCAGUUUCAGUCUUACCAUCAUAUGUGUAUCUUUCGGGGCUUUGUCACCUGUACUGGCCUUUCCUCUUCUUUUCGGAUUUUGGAAAACUGCCAGUGCAGGAAACAAACUCAAGGUCGUACAGGCUGAACUUCUGAAACGCAGUGUCACACCGCGUAAGACAAAUAGGCGGGAUAUCCUGGCACCGAUAGGGAAAUCGUGUUGUAGUGGCUGCGGAAUCCUCCCUGGAACAUGAUCACUCCCUCGACGAUAUUUAUCCAUCAGUUGGCUUCGUCUGCAUACAAGGGGAUUGCCCCACAGUUCAGUUCCGAGGACAUGCAAGCUAGACAGGAGACGAUGCAGAGUUUUCUUUUGUCGUCUGUCUCGCCUCAUACUACAAUCAUACUGAACAAACAUUCACGACUUAUUUACGGACCUAGUCAGAUCUGGGAGACAAGGAAAUUAGGAGAAAUAGCUCCUCAUGAUAUGAGGUUCUUUAACGGUUCUGUAAUCCAGUUACUUUCCAGCAGGAUCCAUAUACGCUAUUUUGCGGGACGUUGUAGAGCACUGCUUUUUUAUCUUAUGCUCCAGGUUUAGUCUGAUCAGUGGACCUGUUUUUCAUCAGGUUUUCGUUCCAAUGAAUUUUCGUAUAUCUGUAAAGUGCAGUAACUGUCUUUCAGGUCAGGCAGAAACUUUUUGAAUAUCCGGGU